ACAAAUCAAUGACGCAGUAAGCGCACUUUCGGUUAGCUACGGAAGGCUAUUGACACCACGAAGUGAUCCGUUUUUUGAUUACAGACGUUUUAGUAUAGACCUGGCACUAACAAACGAGAAGGGGUCUUAUUCAUCGUGGUGGUUUGUGAUGUAUGAAUGGAUAGUUGACGGAUUAUCGUCGCUCUUCGUCCCUUUUUCUGGUGGAAAACCCGCAGCGUGGCCUAGCGAGCACGGUAACGAUAAAGAAGCGCGAGCCGCGGGCACAGACGCGCAGAGGCAGGAAAGCAGCAGGCCCGCCAAACGGAACUAUCAAAGUGUGGACUCUGCUGAUGGUGUUCCUGAAUAUCCAGAGACCAAAAGAGCAAGACACGAUGUGAUCAUCAGGGUUGUAAAGAAGACCUUCGCUGGGAUCGCUGGGUUGUUUCGUUCGAGACACCACAGAAAUGGCGAACAUGCAAAGCAGAGAUCCUUCACACAGGUUAGCAGAGUUACCUUUAUGGGUAUUGAUGACAUAAACAGCAACAGCCUAAGUACAUGGAUGGAAAACGGCGGAAUGGAUCAACAUAUAGAUAUUGGGGUCAAGAAUAAAGAGAGAACUGCACCCAAUGUCCACCAUAUCCCACAGGCUUUAAGAAAGCUUGACAGUGGAACAAUGCUGUACAAAGGCAGCCAGGACAGGGGCAGGGAGCUGCCCCAGCGCAGAUCCUUAAAACUGGUGCCAUCUUGCGCCACCCAAGGCCUGAGCACAAGGCCGUCUGAGAUGGAGCACACCAGCCGCACGCACAAACCGUGCCUGACUGUGGAGGAGGCAUUGAGAGAAAGGGAUCGAGAGCAUUACAGGAGACUUGUAGAAAUGGCCUCGGAGAAAUACUCGAAUAGUAAACCUUUGCCGUUUGGACGGACGAAGUCUCCAAUCUCAGCGUUUCCCCUUGAUGGGCCGAAGUCCACCUCCUUUAGUCGGACUACUGACAUAAGUAGACCUGUCCCAUUGAGGGCUAUCCCUAACAUAUCUGUGUGGAGGGGUCCAAAAUCAUUGGCACAUAAUAAAGACAGAACAAUAGAGAUCAGUCGGAGCACAUCGGGAUGUAAUAUGAGGGAUGCAGCCCUGGAUGGGCAAACUUUAAGAAAAAUCCCUGUAGAUGUGGAUCUGUCAGCUGAGGUUGAAGCCAGAUUAAAUCUUAAGGAGAAAGAUGUAGCAGCAGGACCUUUGUUACCCUCCAGACCUGAACCUCUUACUGAGAUAGUAAGGCAUGCCGGAGAGGAGUUUCCAAGACUCAGCAAGGAGAUGAUGCAGGAAGUGAGUGCUGCUCUUUCCCAGAGGGAUCCAAACCUGGUCCUGUGUAGUGCUUUCAAACUGCGAAUAACACAGAGGGAUCUGGCAACCCUGCAAGAGAGCAACUGGCUGAAUGAUGAGGUGAUCAAUUUCUACAUGAAUCUCGUGAUGUCACGCAGUGAACAGGAAGUAGGGGGCAGAAAGGUCUUUUCUUUCAGUACCUUCCUCUUUCCUAAGUUGCACAGUGGUGGACAUGCUGCAGUAAGGCGCUGGACUAAGGCUGUAGACCUUUUCCUCUAUGACAUGAUUCUGGUCCCCCUUCACCUGGGUGUUCAUUGGGCCCUUGCUGUUGUUGACUUUAAAUCAAAGUCUGUACGAUCAUACGACUCCAUGGGACAAAGGCAUGAUGACAUAUGCAACAUGAUACUGCUUUAUUUAAAAGAGGAGUUCAAGAUAAAGAAGGGCAAAGAUCUGGAUGUCUCAAAAUGGACAGCAUGCAGUUUACGACCCACUGAGAUUCCUCAGCAGAAGAACGGGAGUGACUGUGGUGUGUUUGUAUGCAAAUAUGCCGAUUAUAUUGCCCGAGGGCACAGCCUCACAUUCUUACAGAAUCACAUGCCAUAUUUCAGAAAAGCUAUGAUCUGGGAGAUUCUCAACCAGAAGCUGCUGCAGUAGGAGUAUUGACCGUGUCGUACUAACUGAAUCUGACUGACCAAAGCACAGGACCACAACCUGCUCCAGAGACAUUUGGCUUAAUUUUUUGCCUCUUUCGCCCAAUUCUUUAAACAGGACAAUGGAUUGCUAAUUUUUGCACAAGUUACUCGCCCCUGCGGCACAAAUCCAAACACUACGAAUGCAAAUAUGAGGCUGUAAGUGGAACACUGGACUGAGGUGUGAAUAGAUGCCACAAGUGGAACCCUCAUUGGUAUUUUAUGUGAGGUUGGCAUCAUUCAUUCCAAGAAUGUAGUCUUAUCGCUCCCUAUUGGUUAUACUGUGAACAGUUCCCAGUUCACGGAAGUAGCUGAAGAUAUUACCUUGUUAAGUUGCAAGAUGGACCUAAUUUACAGUAAACAUUGCUGUGUUUUUAGCAUUAAUUCUUUUUACAUUGUAUUUGAAGAAUGACAAUAUUUAGCUUGAAUAAGAUGCAGUGAUGUGUGAACUUGGUAUUUCAGGUGUGUUUUACAAGCACCUAUUUUGCCCGUAACUCUCUCUCCCAGCACCUCUUGAACAAAGGCAUGGUUAAAUGUGCAUGGCGUUGAAGGUACUUGCAUUGACAGCAACAGUAUUUGGUAAAGCUAAUUACUCUUUUGUGUCUAUCUAUAUAUAGACCUGGCCGCAAGUGCCUUGAUCUUGGAACAGCUUGUUUGUUUUAAAAGCCGUGAGAAGUUCAUUGUCGACGAUUUUACGGCUUCAAACCUAAUGUUACUGCCGCAUCCAGCAUGCUUGUUUUAUAGUUCAACAGAGCUAACUGCAAGUAAAACCGUAUUUGGAGAACCGGUAACAGAAUGCAUUGGUCUGUCUUCAUUUAGAUACUAAAUGCUAUAUUAUUUAAAAUCCCAGUGGCUGUAUUAGAUGUACUUUUAAUUGAACUUGGAAAGCAGUGAUGUUGUGCCAAACAGACAUUUCAGUUGUUCAUUUCUGCAAAAUUCCUCUAAUCCAGUAAUAUAGGAUCAAAAAGUGCUUAAAUUCUAACUUGAAGUGAAGAGAAGUUGAGGGUCUAUAUUUAUUUAUUUGUUUGUAUGUGGCUUUAUUUUGUUGGAGUUCAUGUGAGAUGUGGAGAGUGGGAAAUGUGAGUGUGAAGAGUGUUAUGUAACUGGGAGUGGAUGAGAGGAACUGAUGUGAGCUUUAAUAUUGAAAUGAAAAGGCCUACUGCAUACGUGCCGUUUUUGUCAUUAAUGCAGAAUGUUUAUGGUCCUUAUUUUUGUAAGUAAUAAAGAUGCAAAAAGAAA